AAUUUUUGUAAUUCCACGUGAAUAGAUAAAGCAUCUCAUGGAUCAUGUAGAAGAAGAUUGGAAUAUGCUUAAAGAUAAAAAAGAAUUAGAAAUUAUAAAAAGCUAUACCUAUGUUGGAAGCAUGUGCAGUUUGUCUUUUACAAGUAAGAGAUAGAUAUGUUUAACGUCAUUAACUUUAAAUAAUUGUAUAAUUGUCUAUAAAUAAUCGUAACAUAUAAAUAUUAAAAUUUAUUCUUUUAUGAUUUUAGUAUUGGGUUCUAUGGCUAUGAUAACUUUUUUUAUUUUAUCGUUAAUACCAACUAUUCUCGACAUUAUCGCUCCAUUAAACAUCUCGCGACCACGACAAUUUCUAUUUCCGGGAGAGUACUUUAUCGAUCAGCAAAAAUUUUUUUAUGCGAUUUUAUUACAAACAGGUAUAAGUUUAGGCUUAAUAGUAACCACUUUGAUAGGCACUGAAUCAUUAUACGUGACGUACGUACAGCAUGCUUGCGGAAUGUUUCGUAUUGCCAGGUAUUAUCGAAUGGAUCAAGCAUUUAAUGAUAAAUCUUUACACAGUUACACAUCCGGAAAGCAAACAAUCAUCAUUUGCAAAAGAAUAAUUGAGGCUAUAUAUAUUCACAAAAGAGCUCUCGAGUCGGAUAUUAUAAUAUUAGUUAGUUUUAUUUUUGGUCACAUUAUUUAUUUGUUCUUGGGUAACUACGUUGGCCAAAUUUUAAUAGAUCACAGCGGCAGUAUUUUUGAAAAUAUAUAUAUCGCACGAUGGCAAGGUGCGCCUUUGCCAGCACAAAGAUUAUUGCCACUUAUAAUGCAAAGAAGUAUGAGAAGUUGCAAAAUGGUUGUGGGAGGAAUGUUUGUUCCAUCAUUCGAAGGCUUUGCAACGCUUAUGAGUACUACUUUGUCGUACUUUACGGUACUCUGGUCCGUACAGAACUAAUAAGUUUAACUAUAAAAUUUUAUAAUAUAUAGUAGUCAACUUUAAAUUAGUAGAA